AUGGCAUUCGCACCAGCUCCCGAACCAAAGAGCCUGCUUGGCUAUCACCGCAUCCUUGCGCCCACCGCAGGUGCUAGGGUGUCACCACUAUGUCUGGGAGCCAUGAAUUUCGGCGACGCCUGGAAGGAAUUCAUGGGCGAGUGCAACAAGGAGACCACCUUCGCCAUGCUCGACUUCUUCUACGAGAACGGUGGAAACUUCAUUGACACCGCGAACAACUACCAAGGCGAGGAGAGUGAAACAUGGAUUGGUGACUGGAUGAAGGAGCGCAACAACCGUGAGGAGAUGUUCAUCGCGACCAAGUUCACGACCAUGUAUCUGUCCGGCAAGGGCGGCGAGAAGAUCAAGUCAAACUUCCAGGGCAACCACACCAAGAGCCUGCGCGUCUCACUCGAGGCCAGCUUAAAGAAGCUGCAGACCGAAUACAUCGACCUGCUCUACCUCCACUGGUGGGACUUCACAACCUCCAUCGAGGAAGUCAUGCAGUCACUCAACCAACUGGUUGUCAACGGCAAAGUCCUCUACCUCGGCAUCUCCGACACGCCCGCCUGGAUCGUCUCGAAGUGCAACCAGUACGCGCGCGACCACGGCCUGCGCCAGUUCUCGGUCUAUCAGGGCCGUUGGUCCGCCGCCAACCGCGACUUCGAGCGCGAUAUCCUCCCGAUGGCGCGCGCCGAGGGCAUGGCGUUGGCGCCGUGGGGCGCGCUCGGUGGCGGCAAAUUCAAGACUGAGGAGCAGCGGAACAGUGGUGAGGGACGGAAUAUGGGGCCGGCGAGCGAGAAGGACAUCCAGAUCUCGAAGGCGCUGGAGAAGAUUGCAAAUGAGAAGGGCACGAUCAUCACGAGCGUGGCCCUGGCAUACGUCAUGCACAAGACGCCCUACGUCUUCCCCAUUAUCGGUGGCCGCAAGGUCGAUCAUCUCAAGGGCAACAUCGAAGCGCUAGGCCUCGAGCUUUCAGAAGAAGAGAUCGACGAGAUUGACAACGCGGCACCGUUCGACGUCGGCUUCCCGCUCAACUUCCUCUUCGAGUUCAUGGGCGGCAAGUACAACGUCAAGGCCGAUGCUUCGGAUAUUGGACUCCUCAAGCCGGCGGGACCUCUGGAUACUGUGAAGAACCCAAGCCCGAUCAAGCCGCACCACCAGAAGCAUUAG